UUUCAGCCCUAAGAAAAUAUUUAAGAGUAUCAUCGGUUAUUGGAGGAAUCAUCGAGUUGUGAGGAGAGAGAAACCGAACUGAAAGAACCAGAAAAACCCACUCUCACUCGUCACUCGCUUCCCCAUACUUUCUCUCUCAUCGACAGGCCUCUUGUCCAUAAUCAAACCACUAUAGAAGAAAGAGAAAUCUUGAGAGAGGUUUAAAGGGUGGAAGUUGGGAAAUUUUCUCUGUAUCAUCUGUAAAUAAAAGUAAAUUUUUUUGGGUGGGGUGUUUUUUUGUGUCUUAGAGAGAGAGAGGGAGGUGCUUAAUCUUGAUCGCUUGGGCUUGGGGUUGAGUUUUGAUGAUUGUUCAUCAUGCCUCCAAAGCAAUCCAAAGCAGAGCUUGCAAAGAAGCAGAAGGUGGUUGAGGACAAGACCUUCGGCCUCAAGAACAAAAACAAGAGCAAAAAUGUCCAGAAAUAUGUGCAGAGCCUUCAGCAAUCUGUUCAACCCAAAACCGAUCCCUCGAAAAUAGCAGCCAAGAAAAAGAAGGAAGAUGAGAAGGCUAAAGAUAAGGAGCUGAAUGACCUGUUUAAGAUUGCUGUUACUCAGCCUAAAGUCCCAGUUGGUGUUGAUCCUAAGUCCAUUUUAUGCGAAUUCUUCAAAGUUGGGCAGUGCGCCAAGGGAUUCAAGUGUAAGUUUUCGCAUGAUUUGAACGUUCAGAGGAAAGGCGAAAAGAUUGACAUUUAUAGUGAUAAGCGUGAUCAAGAAACGAUGGAGGACUGGGAUCAAGAGACAUUAGAACAGGUUGUAGAGUCAAAGAGAACGGAAUACAAGCAAAACAAGCCAACUGAGAUUGUCUGUAAAUAUUUUCUUGAAGCAGUGGAAAAGAAGCAAUAUGGCUGGUUCUGGGUUUGUCCUAAUGGUGGGAAAGACUGUCAUUACAGGCAUGCUCUCCCUCCGGGAUAUGUUUUGAAGUCUCAAAUGAAGGCUUUAUUGGAGGAAGAGACGGAAAAGAUAUCUAUCGAAGAUGAGAUUGAAAACCAGCGUGCAAAAGUAACAACUACAACGCCACUUACUCCUGAACUAUUCAUGCAAUGGAAGAAGAAGAAGUCAGAAGCAAGGGAGGCUAGUCUUGCUGCCUUGAGGGCUGAGAGAGCUAAGAAUGACCGCAUGAGUGGUCGCGAGCUGUUUCUAUCGGACGCUAGCUUGUUUGUGGAUGAUGCGGAGGCUUAUGAAAAGUACCAAAGAGAAGAAGUAUCUGAUGUAUCUGAGCCGAAGGUCAAGAAUGCAACAAGUGAAGAAGGGCCAAGCACAUCAUCUAUCACAGAUGAGGAUGCUGAAGCAGUACUUGGAGAUGAAGAUGAACUGGAUAUGGAUGAGUUAAAUGAGUUGGAAGCGAGCCUAUCAAAAACCUCUCUUGAGAUUCGUGAACCAGUCGCAGACACAGCAUCGUGAAGCUCUCAUAGUCAUUUAUUCUUGGGCAGCGUCUUUUGAAGUGGGCUAAUCUUGAUGUUCCACUUGAAGAGAUGGUUCGGUAGGUAGUAGCAAAAGCUGCAAGGAAGGAAAAGUAAUGCACGUUCUAACAAUUUUGAUGAGGGAAGAUCGUGUUGUCCAGGUUGUCUUUUCAUUUUAUUCUUUUCUUGUUUAGUAGACUGCAGUUAAAUGGUCAGUUGGAUGAAUGGUUGGCAAUUAUCAUAAACUGGCACCUGUGCUGUUCUUGAAAAUAGGUGGGGACUUGAAGUUAAGAGUGACACCCACGUUGAAAGAUCAUAAUAACAAACUGUCCCUUGAUAUAGAAUGAUGUAAACUUUGAUUAUUGGCUUUACCAUGAUGAUAAUGAUGAUGUUGACAUUAAUUAUA